CAGACAAAUUCAACUCAAGAUCAUCCCCACCUAGAGUCACCAUGAAGAAGGUCAUCCUGGCAGUUGUCGCAGCAUUGUGUGUGAUCGCAUUGGUCGUAGGACUUGUUCUGGGGUUACGUUGCCGACAGAUUACCCUCGACAUGUCCAAGGAUUCUGUGGAUGACCAGUACAUUUCCUGCUACCCUAAGAGACUGACAGAGCUGAAGAACUCAGGAAACAUUCCCCUGCCAAAAAUAUAUUUUUCAACCUGGAAAACUGCCAAACAGCACUGGGACAACCUUGGCCAAACUGCUGGCAGCUUCGAUCCAAUUUAUGGUACGGCGAUUGUGGCCUACACAGUCGGAGAUAGCUUGUACCGUGAUUUCAAUACCGCUGUAAGAGAAGCUGGGAAAUCCGAAAACUCUUACAAACAAUAUGCCUUCAAGGACUUCCACCUCCUCCUAACCAAAGCUCUUCAGGCCAAGAGAACAUCUAGGUGCUAUGAGGUCUUCCGUGGGAUAAAAGGGAUCUGUUUCAACACUUCUAACAUGGCAAAAGUCCGCUUUGGACAGUUUGCUUCCUCAUCGUUGGAUGAAAAUGUGGCCAAAGGAUUUGGUGAGGACACCUUUUUCUCUAUCAAAACCUGUUAUGGAGUUCCCAUUCAUGACUUCUCUUACUACAAAGAGCAAAAGGAAGUUCUCAUCCCCCCGUAUGAGAAGUUCAUUGUGACCAACUACACGAAGACCCAAAAGGGGAUCUUCAUCAAGCUGGUGUCCCUGGAAGUUUUCAGCCGCUUCAACUGUGAAGAACUGAAUGAUCUGUAGGCCUUUUAAGUCCUAUGUGGAUGCCUUUCCUUCUGUGGGGUCUCCUUCUGACCUGGAUAGGAAACCUGUGACAACCUGGCCAUCUAGGGAGAGAGCAUCCCUAGGAAGGAUACCAAGUGCAAAAUACCUCUGCAAAGUGUUCCCCCCCCCCCGCCCCAGGCAAAUAUACAGAACUGCUUAUCCAUAAGAAGCUUGCCCUGCGUCUUGAUUUUUGCUUGCUACUUGGAAGACAGAACGGA